AUGAAGGGCCUCAUGAUGCUGCCGGCUCCCGUGCGGAGCAGCAAGGCAAUGAUGCUGGCGUCAUUCUGCAUCGCGCUGAUCCUCCUGCACAUGUUCUUCCGACCCUCGUGGGACGGCAGCUUCAACAACCCUCCUCCUCCUCCCGACAACCUCCCCGACCACCUCGUCACCGCACCAGGCCCGGGUCCUGGACCGAUCAAGGGCCCGUCAAACCCGUCGCACAACACCACAAACGACAAGGACGAGCUCAUUCUGCCUCCCACCCCAACGCACCCGCCCGAGCCGCCCAAGCCCGUGUCGCGCAUUCCCAAGAAGAUCUGGUACAAGAAGGGCAAACGCGAGCGCACCCUCGAUAUGCUCGACUGGGAGGCCGGCUGCCUCCACCGCAACCCCGGGUACACGAGCCAGGUCAUGGACGACGAGCAGAGCGACGAGUUUGUCCGCACCACGUACGCCGACCACAAGGAGCUGCUCGACAUAUACCUGAGCCUCACCGUCCCCAUCCUCAAGGCUGACAUCUUCCGCUACCUCGUCCUCUACCAUGAGGGCGGCAUCUGGUUCGACCUCGACGUCUCGUGCGGCACCGUCCCCAUCGACGACUGGAUCCCCAAUGAAUACAAGGAGAACACGGGACUCGUGGUCGGGUGGGAGUUUGACUCGCCCUACGGUGCCAACGCCAUGCGCCAGAUCAACUCGUGGACCAUCCUCGCCGAGCCCAAGUCGCCGCACCUGUGGCAGGUCGUCGAGGACAUCAUCCAGCGCGCGCACGAGAUCAUGGAGCAGAACAACGUGACCGCCUCGGGCAUCAAGAUGGACAUGGUCGACGACGUGGUGCUCUUCACCGGCCCCAUCCGCUUCACCGGCAGCCUGUGGAAGAGCAUGGAGCACAACUACAACCACAAGGUCGACGUGCUCAAGUACGCCAACCUGACGCAGCCCGCGCUCAUCGAGGACACGGUGCUCCUCCCCGGCUUCUCACUCGCCGCAUCGAUGAACCGAUACCCCGAGGGCACCGUCGUCGGCCCGUCGCUGGUGAUCCACCACUACGCUGGAUCGUGGAAGAACGCCGAGGGCGGAGAGUCCGUCUAG